AGGACGCAGCUAAACUAGUAGUAGCUAAAAACCACACAAACUAAGUCUGUGGGGCGGACCACGUCGAAAUCUGGAGAUGCAGAAAACUACCACAAGUGAAUAAUGGAGAAAUAGUACACUGCGCGCGGCAGCGUUAACUCUCAUAAUGUUGAUACUGGUGAGCGUGGUGCGACAACAGUAAAAUACUGAGGUAAAUACAACACUGCGGCCUUGGUCUCCCCCCCUCCUCCCGCGCGGGGUACCCGAUGGCCCUUAGGACCUCGAAGACGCCACGCCGCGUCUCGCGCUCCCAGGGAGUUGGAGGCGUCCUCGUGCCGCCGGAGUGCCGCCUGAUCAUCUUGUUUUGUGUCGCGUUCGUGGUCGACGCGUCAGCCAGUCAAGAAUGCAUUCGCCUCAACGGGGCGGAGUACAGGGGGCAGCAGCAGGUCACCGCCACGGGCCGGAGGUGCCUGAACUGGGCGAGCGCCGCGCGGGACUACAACGUGAGCGCGCGCCCGGACGCGGACACCGGCAUCGGGAACCACAGCUUUUGCCGCAAUCCGGACUCCUCGCAAAAGCCGUGGUGUUACAUCCUUUACCAGGACGGUGUGGUCCAAAGACAAGACUGCGUUAUAGACACCUGCAGAGAUGAAACUGUAGGUAAGAUUACAGCAACUCCGCCUUCGGGUGACAUCCUAACCUCACCCCUUGGUGAGGGACAUGUUUUGGAGCCAGCUCAGGCCCUUCCGGAGCCUGACGUGAGUGAGAGCGAGGCCGUGCAGCCUGCGGCGGGGCCCAGCUGGCCGGGCCGCGUUGGCCUUAAGAGGAAGAAAGACCUGGGGAUUCUGGGCUACAUCCUGGGCAUGGUCAUGAUGGCUGUCAUUGUCCUGGUUGGACUAGGGAUAACGCUUGGCUAUUUCUACAAAAGGGCCCGGAGCCUGAGGAGGCAGCAGCAGCAGCGGGCUUACGAGCAAGAGAUGCGACGGGUGGCCCUGCCACUUUCGGCCUUCUCCAACCCUACCUGCGAGCUGCUGGAUGAGAUGGCCCCUGCCCAUAAUGCUGGACCCUCGCAGACCCCCGAUGAAGAGCCUGGUGUUUUGGGUGGGGCUGACCCGCUCAUAGCUCAGGCAGGAACCCCAGGGGCCUGAGUGUACCAUACGCCAGACCAAUCCGGCAGAGACAUGUUUGAUUUGCUCUGUUGGUGCCUUUGUGUGCUGUACAAAGAAGCCAUACUGAAGUGUGUGCCUUUCACUCUCUGACAAAAAAAAAGAAAAAAACAAAAAGAAAUGUUGCCAUGAAGUGAGAAAAAGAGAAAUUAAGACCAAAGGAAACCAGAAGCUGAACUGAGGGAACUGCUUUCCAACAGAAUGCAUGACCCAGAAUGAAUGGGUCUUUUGCUGUGUAAGGAUUCGUUUCCUGUUGAAGUGGAUGGAAAUGGUGCAUGACAUGAUGGGGUAGUUUUGUUCGGCAACAGAAUGCUGUAUAUCCUAUAUCAUUUAGGUUGAGGGGAGGUCCAUAUUUGAAAAGAGAAAAAGUGGAGCUUUUCUUGUAAAGCGCCCUUUUUUUGAUUUGACCAAAUUCUCAUUGUGCAGCAAAAUAAAUUUCCAAAUAUGUUUCCCGUUGGCCUAGUAAGAUAGAGGGACCCUGAGUUGAGUCGCCGGAAUGUGCUGUAGACGGUGGUGUCGCGGCCUUUCAGAAUAUGACUGUAUGACUGCUGUAAUCCAGACAAUAGAAAGUGCCUGACAUCUGGGACUAGUUCAGCACCAGUCAUGCAUUCUGCCCCAUUGGCAGCAUGACAUUCUUGGAGGUUUGGAAUAACAUUUUAAAUAUUUUGGCUUGCUACACCAACUCAUCCGCUCACUUAAGGUGUAAAAAUUGACGCAAUGACUUUUUCCUGCGGUUUUGUUCACAUAACUCAGAGAAAUGUGUACUGUUUUCAGAUGAUCUCAUAACUCCAAUCUGUUGCCCAAUAAGCAUUUUCUUUUUUUCCCCCCUCACAGAACAUGGCACACUUGAUUGAGAAGAAUUUUCGGUUCCACUGAUAAUACCCUGUCGCCAAGACAAUAAUAAUGUCGACUGGAAGAGUGACAGGUCAGUCAAUGAAACCCGGAGACACCUCACAGGUGUUUGUCAGAGAGGCCAGCUAAGAUGUCAAUGCUGUCUUAAAGCCUUUUAUUAAAAGGUGGAACAGUUAUGUCUGUGAUUCCACCGUAGACAUUCUGGUUACACUUCGUAGAUGAGUUCACAUCAACUCAAGUCUUACUCAGGAAUCUUAGUUAUAUGACUUAGUACCAAGGAAAUGGUUUCCCAGGUUGAUCCUCCCGCCAGUCUCAGUCCGCCAGAGUUAAAGCACAUUUUUAAUGUGGGAAAACUUUACUUUAGAUUAAUGUAACCUUUCAAGGGACAUAAUAGUUUACUGAUGAUAAAUGACUUUCAGCGAGUAACGUUGAUUGAAUUAGCCUCACUGUGCCUUAUACCGUUAAUGAAAGUUGACAGGUGGUGGGAAUUCGUGUACCGAGAAAGGUGUAAAUCGGGGAUCUCAGGAGAAAGAUGUCUGACCCCAAAUUUGAGGGAUUUACUGUUGUAAUAAGUAAUCAAAUUGAGUUUUAAGAGUGGAUAUUGCAUCAAACUGAUCUAUAACAAAAAAACUUUCUUCCAAAUCUGAUUAAUCUCAAGCAUACUUGUAUCCUGCGAUAUGUUCACUGUUGCUGUUCUGUAAAUAUAAUAAUCUAUUCGUUGUCAGAAGUUGUCAUUACCGUUUGAAGAGGAAAAACAUUUACAAGGCCAGUUUCCAUGCAGCUUCAUAUAAAGCGGUUUGUAUAUAAGCAUUUUUUUUGAAGUUGCAUAUUUUUAUUUUUCAGUGUGCUACAUGCUAUGUUGUAUUAUGGUGAGAUAGUGUAGCUGUGGAAUUAAUGGAAAGAAUUAAGGCCAAUGGACCUGUGCCAUUUACCUUGAAUUACUUCUCAGUCUCAACAGCCUGCUAUACUUGGGGUAUCUGGGCUCUUCCAUUGGCAUUUCAUAACAUAAUGGUGAGACUGUAAUACUUGCUACCAACGUGGUACAGUCAUUAAGUUCUAAGACUGUCUUGCAAUCACAACAGCAUCAGACAGUGGCCAGACUCAGAACUUAAAAGUCGUUUUUGUCAUUCCUCUAUAUAGCUUGUAUACAGUGAAACGUCGUUUCUCUGGAGACCAUGGUGCAACCCAGAACAAGAGAAGACGACAGUAAAUAAGUACACAGGACGUGGACAUGGGCUGUGAACUGCAGGCAGCCUGUAGGAACUUAUUGAUUGCAUCACAUUUUUAGAAACUGUACUUUAUACAGAACAGCACAAUCUAUGUAAGGGUUGAAGGAAUAGGAGGAACACCUUGAGCCACUGAAUUUCAAAAAAAUAAAAUCGCUUAGCCAAAAUGUUACUUUUCAGUCUAAAACAAA